UUGUACACUUCACACUACCCCGCUAGUUUCGCUUCCGCUUUAAAAUUAUGUUCAUCGCCAUCUUCUGGAUAGGUGUUAAUGUACUGACUUUACUACUGUGUUCGUUCCUAUGGUUCGUUCUCAGUGAUAACAUCAUUCUUCCGACUGUGCUUUGCGGUCAGAAUGUGGGAAAGAUAUGGACGACACAACAAAGGUUAACAUACGCACAUUAAUCCAAAGAAGCGUAUGCCGCUUUAAAACGCGACAUACACCAACAUGAACAAGUGUAUCUUAAACCAGUGCACGUCAAAGUCCAAUCCACAACUGGGAAGCUCACGAGGACUUUUCCGCUGGGGUUUCCGUAGAUAUAUAAGAAUAGCCUAUAUCAGUGUCUUCCCAUUAUCUCCCCAGACUCAAACGCACCAUAUAACUCAGAGAGUUAUUGUGGCAAUAAUGUUUUCUACUGAGAAGACUAGUCACUAGCUGCCACGACAACUACUGCUGUCGCUGCUGCUUGCUUGUGACAAAAAUUACGCCAUCAAAGUGCGUCCCUGGAAGAAGUGACGUAGCAAACGCGCCCGUUGUGAGUUCCCCACGUGAGAAACCAACAUGGCGCAAGAGCAGGAGCCCGAAGUGCUUCUCGCCCAAAAAUUAGCAGCAAACGAGAGGACUGUUCGGACCAAAGCCUUUAAAAAGCUGCGGAAAUAUGUGAGAUCGCGCUCACAAGUCCCUGGAGGCGGCUUCACUGAGGAGGAGUUGUUGAAGGUGUGGAAAGGACUCUUCUACUGUCUGUGGAUGCAGGACAAACCUCUGCUACAGGAGGAGUUAUCCGAGCAGAUUUCUGGCCUGUUGCACAGUUUCCAGAACACCAACACGCAGCUGUUGUAUGUGGAGACGUUUCUGCAGACUGUGAAAAGGGAAUGGAAUGGCAUAGACAGGCUUCGCAUGGACAAGUUCUUUCAGCUGGUGAGAUUUGUCUUCAGGCAGGUGUUUGAGACGCUGAAGAGAAAUGAUUGGGAAGAGAGUCUGUGUGGUCGUGUUCUUCAGUUGAUCUCCGCCCAGCUGCUCGAUGGCUCCGCCCCUUCUGGACUUCUCCUGCAUGUUCUGGACCUCUACCUGACAGAGCUGGGCCUCGUAGGAGCUGAACAGCUGACAGCAGAUCAGAAUCUGUCUUUCAUUGAGCCAUUCUGCCGAACAGCAGCCAAAACCAAAGAUCGUGUGCUGCUCCAGGCUAUCUGCAGCAGUGUGUUCGGGCAGAUUGUGGAGCAGGCUCCGUUCGCUGUUGUCGACCUGCUCAAGGAGCUUAAGACUCAGCAAGGGGAGGAGCCAGACUCUGGACAGGCCUCUGAGGGGGAGGAGUCACCACAGAGCUCCGCCCCUAGCAACAGCAAAGUCAAAACCCCCAAGGACAAGAAAACUUCCAGCCUCAAAGCCUCAAAGAAGGAAAAGCUUGAUGAUGAUGAAGAUGAAGAGGAUGAUGAUGAGUUGCUGGAUGAUGACCUCGACCUGGCAGAUGAUGAAGACGUUGGACCUGUGUUGCAGUUCAAUUACGGCGCCGUGGCCGACAGACUCUUCCAGCUGGCCAGCAAAACCAACACGGCCACUCACAACAGAACCAAACUCUACAAGCUGGUCAAGACAUUCCGUGACCUGAGUGAAGGUGUGUUCCCACAGGAUGAGGGUCCAGAGGCUGUGUCCACAGAUGAGGAUGACGAUGAGUUCCGCUCCAGGAGGAAGAGGAAGAAGAAGCAGCGUCGAGGGGAGGAGGCAGAGGACACGCCCCCAAAACGCAAGAAAGGGAAGGAUGGCCAGGCAGAGACACAAGAAAGCGGCCACAAGAGCAAACACAAGAAGAAGAAGAAGAAGGACACGCCCACACAGGAAGCUGUUCCCGCUGAGGACACGCCCACACAGGAAGCUGUUCCCGCUGAGGACACGCCAACACAGGAAGCAACUGCCGCAGAGGACACGCCCACACAGGAAGCAACUGCCGCAGAGGACACGCCCACACAGGAAGCAGCUCCCACUGAGGACACGCCUACACAGGAAGCAACUGCCACAGAGGACACGCCCACACAGGAAGCAACUCCCGCUGAGGACACGCCCACACAGGAAGCAACUCCCGCUGAGGACACGCCCACACCGGAAGCAGCUCCGGCAGAGGACACGCCCACACCGGAAGCAGCUCCUGCAGAGGACACGCCCACACCGGAAGCAGCUCCUGCAGAGGACACGCCCACACCGGAAGCAGCUCCUGCAGAGGACACGCCCACACCGGAAGCAACUCCCGUUGAGGACACGCCCACACCGGAAGCAGCUCCUGCAGAGGACACGCCCACACCGGAAGCAACUCCCGUUGAGGACACGCCCACACUGGAAGCAGCUCCUGCAGAGGACACGCCUACACAGGAACCAGUUACACCUUUAGACACGCCCUCACAGGAAGCCACUUCUACUGAGGACACGCCCACACAGGAAGCAGCUCCCACUGAGGACACGCCCUCACAGGAAGCAGCUCCUACUGAGGACACGCCCACACAGGAAGCAGCUCCUACUGAGGACACGCCCACACAGGAAGCAGCUCCCACUAUGGAUCCACCUGCAGAGAAAACGGUAGACACGCCUUCUAUCUUACAGGCCACGCCCCCUGCAGAAGAUGAGCCUAUUGUGUUGGACACUGUCUGCGUGAUGUCAGACCGUUCGUCAGUGUCACUGCAGCAGCAGGAGGGAGAGGCCUCUGAAUCCAGCCAAUCAAUAACAGAGGCUCCCGCAAGUUGCCAAUCAGAGGCAGGGAUUGCAGGGGAAGUGCAGCCAGCAGAAGGAAAACCCAGGAAGAGGAAGAAGAGAAGCAGGAAGGAGGAAGAGGAAACGCAUCAUCACCAGCAGCCCAGUCUAGAAGCAGCUUACACACACAUACCUGAGUCUGCUGAGGUCACAGACGAACACACACCUGAAGAAGCAAUAGCAGAUGAGGUGAUUACAGAGACGCCACUAAAGAAGAAGAAAAAGAAGAAAGUAGUGAACGCUCCAGAAGAGAGCAGCGACACACACACACUCGACACGUUGGACACACACACACUCGACACGGACACACACACACCUGAGGUCACAGAUGAGGUGAUUACAGAGACGCCACUAAAGAAGAAGAAAAAGAAGAAAGCAGUGAACGCUCCAGAAGAGAGCAGCGACACACACACACUCGACACGACAGACGCACACACACUCGACACGACAGACAGACCCACACCUGAAGAAGCAAUAUCAGAUGAGGUGAUUACAGAGACGCCACUAAAGAAGAAGAAAAAGAAGAAAGCAGUGAACGCUCCAGAAGAGAGCAGCGACACACACACACUCGACACGACAGACGCACACACACUCGACACGACAGACAGACCCACACCUGAAGAAGCAAUAUCAGAUGAGGUGAUUACAGAGACGCCACUAAAGAAGAAGAAAAAGAAGAAAGCAGUGAACGCUCCAGAAGAGAGCAGCGACACACACACACUCGACACGUUGGACACACACACACUCGACACGGACACACACACACCUGAAGAAGCAAUAGCAGAUGAGGUGAUUACAGAGACGCCACUAAAGAUGAAGAAAAAGAAGAAAGUGGUGAACGUUCCAGAAGAAAGCAGCGAUACACACACACUCGACACGUUGGACACACACACACCUGAGACGCCAGGUGCAGACAAAGUGAACGGAGAUACCCCUCUGAAGAAGAAGAGAAAAGUGGUGAACGCUCCAGAAGAGAGCAGCGACACACACACACCUGAGACGUCAGACAGACCCACACCUGAAGAAGCAAUAUCAGAUGAGGUGAUUACAGAGACGCCACUAAAGAAGAAGAAAAAGAAGAAAGUAGUGAACGCUCCAGAAGAGAGCAGCGACACACACACACUCGACACGUUGGACACACACACACCUGAGGUCACAGAUGAGGUGAUUACAGAGACGCCACUAAAGAAAAAGAAAAAGAAGAAAGCAGUGAACGCUCCAGAAGAGAGCAGCGACACACACACACCUGAAACGUCAGACACACACACACCUGAAACGUCAGACACACACACACCUGAGGUCACAGAUGAGGUGAUUACAGAGACGCCACUAAAGAAAAAGAAAAAGAAGAAAGCAGUGAACGUUCCAGAAGAGAGCAGCGACACACACACACUCGACACGUUGGACACACACACUCUCGACACGGACACACACACACCUGAGGUCACAGAUGAGGUGAUUACAGAGACGCCACUAAAGAAGAAGAAAAAGAAGAAAGCAGUGAACGUUCCAGAAGAGAGCAGCGACACACACACACUCGACACGUUGGACACACACACUCUCGACACGACAGACGCACACACACCUGAAGAGAUGGUUGCUGUCAGCAAUGCUGUGAAGAAGAAGACAUUGGUGGAUGGAGAAGUGAAAGAAAAGACAGGAGGGCAUCAGAAGAAGAAGCAGCUGAAGAAGGCAGGUUCCCAGUUCAUUUCCUUUCAGAGUUCAUCUCCUCCCAAACCUCUUUUCUGCAGAGGAAAGCAGGGUCUUCACACUCCACAGUCAAAGGCAAAGAAAGUGACGUUCGGACUAAAAAAUAACAAGACAGCGGAGUUCAGGAAGUCGGACCGCAGCUCCCUCCUGAGUCCUGGGGGUGUGGCCCGCGUGCCCUUUGACCCCCAACAGAAGCCCCGCUGCUCUGCUCUGAAAUCCCCAGAAGCCACACCCCUGAAGAAAGCCACACCCCUGAAGAAAGCCACACCCCUGAAGAAAGUGAAGAAAGCCACACCCCUGAAGAGAGCAACUGCAGCAGACUUCUUCUGACAAGAGAACAGCUGGGAGAAGAGAGAGAGAGGGAGAAGAGAGAGGGAGGGAGGGAGGGGGGAGA